AUGCAUCGUAUUGGCAUCUGGACGGUCUUGAGUCCUAUUGUGGAGAAGAAAAGGCCCGGAAACCGUCUCCCGGUAUGCGUUGGCUCCGGCAUAAGCCUCUUGUUGCCGUUGAGGGGGCCAAACGGCCGCCAGGUCGCCCCUCGCGAUCCCACCUCGAGCACGCCUUUAGCCAAGACCUGGGAGUCUCCGCGAUUAAUAUUCUACUGGGAGCUGCACCAGUCCCCGUCUUGGCAGUGGCGCUGGGUCACCAGUCAGGGGCAGGCCCGAAAAGCAGAGUUAAGAGGCAUGGAGACGGUUCCAAGAAAAGAUUAA